AUGGCACUACCUACCAACAUCAAGACCGAGGCACUUGUCAUCCGCAAGCCCGGUGACAAGUUCGAGAUGAAGCCCAUCAUUCUUGAUGAAGUGCGCUCAGACGAGGUGCUAGUGGAAAUGAAGUACUCCGGCAUUUGCCACACGGAUGUUCUUUUUCAAACAGGCAUGUUGCCUGGUGUCGAGUAUCCCGCAAUUUUUGGCCACGAGGGUGCAGGCAUCAUCCGAGCCCUGGGAAGUGACGUCAAGGACAAGUCCCUCCAUGUCGGCGACCAUGUCCUUCUCUCAUUCAACGUCUGCGGCAAAUGCAAGCAGUGCCUUGCCGAUAACCCAUCAUGUUGUCACAUCCACUCCGAAGUCAAUGCCGGCUCAGUCCGCCUCUCCGAUAGCUCUACACCCGCAAGGCUCGAGGAUGGCACACCUGUUCGCAGCCAAUGCUUCGGACAAUCCUCCUUUUCCCGAAUGUCCGUUGUGGCUGAGAGGAGCGUGGUCAAGUGCCCCUAUCCCGAGUCACUGCCUUACUAUUCGCCGCUUGGUUGUGGGUUCCAGACAGGAGCCGGCACGUUGCUGAAUGCACUCAAGCCAGACAAGACCAACACGGUCGUAAUCUUUGGAGUUGGAAGUGUCGGUAUCGCCGCUCUGAUGGCGGCUUCGUAUCUCCAAGUGAGACAGCUAAUAGCCGUGGAUGUCCUUGACGAGAAGCUCGCCAUCGCAAAGGAAUUUGGGGCCACACAUACCGUGAACUCAAGAAACUGCGGCGAGGGCGGUGUCCAGGCCAAGAUCCUCGAAAUAACAGACGGGGGAGCCGAUUUCGCCAUCGACUGCACCGGCCUGAUCCCCGUUAUCGAGUCCCUGUUUGGGUGUUUGGCUCCACGGGGCACUGCCACGACUGUUGGCGUUCCACCGCCAAACAGCGUUGUCCGGAUAGAGCCAAUGUCAUUUCUGCUGAGCAAUAAAAGGUACAUUGGUGUUGUCGAGGGCGGAUCGAAUCCACAAAAGUUCAUUCCCCAGUUGAUGGAGCUUCACCGACAGGGCCAUUUCCCCGUGGAUAAGCUUUGUAAGAUAUACUCUGUGAAGGAUUUUGACACUGCAAUGAGUGACUUGCGCCAAGGAAAGGUCGUGAAGCCUAUCAUUCAUUGGGACUAA